CCCUUUGAUUCCCCUCCACCCUUCUUCAAGUCCACCAAAGGCACCCUUUCGGCCCUUGCGCAUGUCCUACAUUGCGCGAACGACGCUCUGUGGGAUCUGGAGAUUUACGGAGGGGUGUGGAAUCGUGAUGUGGGUGUGAAUCAGGAGUAGACAGCAUCACAGAAAGACUCCUUCGCUCACUCUCAAACCUGCGCCCAAACCAAUUCAUACACCAAUCUCUCUUAUUCCUGACCUCUUACCAAAGUCGAACCGAUCUUGACAAAUAUCCGACUACAAUUUCGGUAAAGAUUCAACAUGGAGGCUUUCAGCAACAUGGGAAACCAUCUGGUUUCCAACUCCGCAGCCGCAAUCAACGCUAGCGAUGACAUCUCUACGGUCGACCCUGACGAGAGCAUCCUCAGUCUAGCCAAAGGUCCAAGAAGACGGCAACAUGAUGAUGACGAGUCCGAGAGUAUCGAAGAAGACGACCUAGAAAGUCUGGCCAGCGCGGCGGUGGAUGGUAAGAAACAAGUGACAAAGGCAGAAGAGGAGAGAGAACUACCAGCCCAUGCUUGCGCCUACUGUGGCAUUCACAAUCCUAGCAGUGUCGUUCGGUGCCUGUCCUGCAGCAAGUGGUUUUGCAGCGCCCGUGGAAACACCUCUUCUUCACACAUUGUCAAUCAUCUUGUCCGAGCACGACAUAAAGAGGUGCAACUACACCCAAGCAGCUCCUUGGGCGAUACUGUGCUGGAGUGCUACAACUGCGGAACGAAGAAUGUCUUUCUUCUGGGUUUCAUUCCGGCAAAGUCGGACACCGUGGUCGUCCUGCUCUGCCGACAGCCUUGCGCAGCCAUGCCUUCGUCCAAAGACAUGAAUUGGGAUACUUCGAGAUGGCAGCCAUUGAUUGAAGACCGCUCUUUCUUGUCCUGGCUCGUCGCGCAGCCAACCGAUCAGGAACAACUCCGCGCCCGACACCUGAGCCCGCAGAUGAUUGCGAAGCUGGAAGAACUGUGGAAGGAGAAUUCCGCAGCGACCAUUACAGACUUGGAAAAGGCGUCAAACAUCGACGAUGAGCCUGCCCCAGUGCUUCUCCGCUAUGACGACGCCUACCAAUAUCAGAAUGUUUUCGGACCGCUCGUCAAGAUCGAAGCCGACUAUGACCGCAAGCUGAAGGAGAGUCAGUCCCAAGAUAACCUGAUCGUCCGAUGGGAUCUGGGUUUGAACAACAAGCAUCUGGCCAAUUUCAUCCUGCCCAAACUGGAAUUGGGUGAUGUCAAGUUAGCAGUUGGUGACGAGAUGCGCAUCAAGUACACUGGUGAUUUGCGCCCGGCCUGGGAAGGAGUGGGCUACGUUAUCAAGAUUCCAAACAACCAAUCUGACGAAGUCACCAUUGAAUUGCGAUCAAAGGGCGACCACAAGACGGUCCCGACCGAAUGUACUCACAACUUCACCGUCGACUAUGUCUGGAAAGCCACAUCUUUCGACCGGAUGCAGUUGGCCAUGAAGACUUUUGCUAUUGACGAGAUGAGCGUGUCCGGGUACAUUUUCCACCGUCUUCUUGGCCAUGAAGUGGCGGCAGCACCGAUGAAGACUCAGAUGCCCAAGAAAUUCAGUGUGCCUGGGCUGCCAGAACUCAAUAGCAGUCAAAUCAAUGCUGUCAAGUCAGUCCUCCAGAAGCCUCUGAGUCUGAUUCAAGGUCCUCCCGGUACCGGCAAGACUGUCACAUCAGCGACCAUCAUUUACCACCUGUCGAAGAUCAACGGUGGCCAGGUCUUGGUUUGUGCUCCGUCCAACGUCGCUGUGGAUCAACUCUGCGAACGUAUUCACCUCACCGGACUCAAGGUUGUGCGAGUGACUGCCAAAUCUCGAGAAGAUGUGGAGUCGCCUGUCGGCUUCCUCUCCUUGCACCAACAAGUCCGAAUGAACGACAGCAACGUCGAACUCGGCAAGCUCAACCAGCUCAAGUCCGAGUUGGGUGAACUGUCAAGCCAGGAUGAGAAAAAGUACAAGUCUUUGACCCGGGCAGCGGAACGAGAAAUCUUGCAGAAUGCUGAUGUUGUCUGCUGUACCUGUGUUGGUGCUGGCGAUCCGCGACUGGCCAAGUCCAAGUUCCGGACAGUCUUGAUCGACGAGUCGACUCAAUCCGCCGAACCCGAAUGCAUGAUCCCCUUGGUACUUGGAUGCAAGCAGAUUGUCCUUGUCGGCGACCACCAACAGCUCGGCCCGGUGAUUAUGAACAAGAAAGCGGCCAAAGCUGGUCUCAACCAGUCCUUGUUCGAACGGUUGGUCAUUCUCGGUUGCGCGCCAAUCCGGCUGAAUAUCCAGUAUCGUAUGCAUCCUUGCCUGUCGGAAUUUCCGUCCAACAUGUUCUACGAAGGCUCUCUGCAGAAUGGUGUGACAGCAGAAUAUCGUAUUCGAAAGGAAGUGGACUUCCCGUGGCCUGUUGUCAACUCCCCCAUGAUGUUCUGGUCGAACCUUGGCAAUGAAGAAAUCUCGGCUUCCGGUACAUCCUACCUCAACCGGACCGAAGCCGCUAAUGUCGAGAAAAUCGUAACGCGAUUCUUCAAAGCUGGCGUCAAACCAGGCGGCAUCGGCGUCAUUACUCCGUAUGAGGGUCAACGCAGCUACAUCGUGAGCUCCAUGCAAGUCAACGGUACCUUCAAGAAGGAAUUGUACAAGGAAAUCGAAGUGGCUUCGGUCGAUGCCUUCCAAGGACGAGAAAAGGACUACAUCAUACUGUCAUGUGUCAGAUCAAACGAUCAUCAAGGCAUUGGUUUCUUGAGCGAUCCUCGUCGUCUCAAUGUGGCUAUGACUCGAGCCAAGUACGGUUUGGUCAUCCUUGGGAACCCCAAAGUCCUGUCCAAGCAUCCUCUGUGGCACUACUUGUUGCUCCACUUCAAGGAACGCAAUUGCCUCGUUGAGGGGCCUCUUACCAACCUUCAAAUCUCGCUGCAUCAGUUCAGUCGACCUAAGCAGUCGUACCGCGGACCUCAGCGUUAUCAGAUGGCAUACAACCACGCCAGCCAUAUGGCUAGUGGCAUGAUGAAUGGACGGGGUGGUCCUCGUAAUGACUAUCGUGAUGGUGGCUCUGUUGUUGGCUACAUCCCAGACGAUGUGUCUUCGAUUCACUCGUCCGCCAUGGGUGGAGUGGGUGUUUCCGCUGGCUACCCGCCAAUGUUCCAAGGAUUUACUCCAGACACCUGGCCGGCUCUUCAGAAUGCAAGUGGGCGUCGACAGAACGGACACAAACCAAGAGGAGUCCCUGGUAGUGUUGCGGGUGAAUCGACGGUUGCGACUGAAUCCGACGUCACUGGUAGUACCAUUGGCCAGGGCGGAGUUAGCCUGGAGCAGUUGUCCAUUCACGAUAUCAACAAGCAUACCAGUUACAACCAGGCCGAUCGUCUGAAGCGAUAUGUCGAGGGCGGUAUCCCGAAUACUGGUUACACGGGCAAUUCUAGGCUCGGCAAGGGCAUCCACCAGGACGAGGACGCUCAGAGCGUUUCGACGGCAUUUGCAAGUCAAGUUGGAGGUGGCUACGAUUGAUUGGACGACGAGAUGACGACAAUGUGUUACAAACUCCCAGAGCUCAACAGAGCAUAACUGUUUUUGAUGCAGUCUUUAUUACAUGGGGUUCUUCAUGUUCGAGAAAACCCCGUCAUCAGUCCCGGAUUUCGGUCGUCUGCUGCGACGAUGCAGGCAAGACAGAGCUAGUUCGUCAAUACCGGACGGCAACGAUGCCCCCGGCUCUGGCCUAGCUUGCGAGUCUUGCACCCUUCAGAAGAGGCUUGAACUGCCAGUACGACGAAUUGCCCGGCCCCAGUGCGGCAUCGACGCGGGCUCGCACGACCAGACGCCCAUUCCGCCAGUAGUGGCGGUGCAGCGAAAGGCCAAAAUUCGACAAUCAUUUUAUCAAUACAGGUGGUUGGGGUUGAAUUGGGUGGUAUGAACCGUGUACCAUUGAGAUGGGGAGAUGAGUUGCAGGGGGAGAGUGAAUACCUACGUCACCUAAGGUAGGUAUUUCAGGUAUAGGGGAAGCUGAAGCUGUCGGGAGUGGGAGCGUGGACCAGACCAGAUUGAUACUGAAUAUUGUGAGAUUGUUAUCGUUACUCGUUACUCGUUACUCGGACUGACCUAGAUACACUCUUUUUUGAAUUCAACAAAGUCACUCGUUAGCCUACC